AGACUUCCUAAUCCACUUAAUACAUUUUUCUGUUAUUUUCAGUAACCUACUCGGAUUUUAAACCUGCUUUCAAUUCAAACAUUUUUCUUAUGAUAUAUUAUCCUUUAUUAUAGUAGGUUUAGUGUAUGCUGCUAAAAAUAUUUUUCUGAUAUCUGAGCUAUUUACAGUAGAUAGCUCUGUUUGAGAUUUGUUGUUGCCUUCUGAGAAGAACUGAUGUCACUCUCCAUAGACCUCCUUCAUCGAAGACCGGAUCUCCUAAAAGAAUGUUGCGAUUUACUGAAUGAGGAAUGGAAACGUAGUGAGACAGCACGAAUGAGAAGUUUUCAAAACUCUUGUGAUUCCCUUCCAACUAAUAUAAUACUUUUAGAGGAUAAUCAUUUAAUAGGGCACUUGAAACUAUCUGUUAUCCCUUCCAUUCCAGAGUCUUGUUUUGUAGAAGGUGUAGUUAUUCAAAAACACUUAAGAGGAAAAGGAUAUGGGACGAAAAUAAUGAAUAUGGCUGAAGAGUAUUGCAAAAAAUAUUUGAAUUUGAAAGAAAUAUACUUGUCAACCAAAGAUCAAGAAAGGUUUUAUAAAAAAUUAGGUUAUAAAGAAUGCUCACCCAUUUCUAUUUAUGGGGGUUAUCCUUCAAAUUUAUUCAAAGAUUUAAGUCCACCUUUGAAUAACAACCUAAACACAAUGAAAAACUGCCCUGUUCCGCCUGGUGGAAAAAUUUAUAUGAUGAAAACCCUAUAAGUUGUCCUAUAUAUGUAUUCUUACAUCUUGAAUAAAUUAAAAGUAUAUUGUAUUUUG